UCAGACUUUAAAUGUCUCCUCUCUCUCUCUCUCUCUCUCUCUCUCUCAGAUCUGAAGAACAGUUCGGCGGUCUUCUGGGAGGGCGGAGUCAGCGGUGGAUACCAGGUCAUGUUACUGGAUGAGGAUCAGGGAUGGCUGCUGGUCGGAGGGAAAGACCACAUCUACCUGCUGAGACCUGACAGCCUGAGUCUGCCCACGCAGACGAUCCACUGGCCUGCUUCUAAAUACAACGUGAGACACUGCGUUAUGGCGGGGAAAAGUCCAGAUACGGAGUGUGCCAACUUUGUGAGGCUGCUGCAGCCCGUCAAUAAGACUUUAGUUUAUGCCUGUGGUACUGGAGCCUUCAAUCCACAGUGUACAUACCUGCAGCUGGAGCUCAACACAGAGGGGCCACAGUUCAUGUUGACUAACAUUGAGGAGUCGGGCAGGGGAAAAUGUCCCUACAGUCCGAGGGCGCCAUUCACUGCUCGACUGACUGAUGGUGAACUUUAUACCGGUACCUCAGUCGACUUCAUGGGAGCAGACUCUGUGAUCCUUCGUACGUCCGUCCAGGGCAGAAGUCAACUCCACCUCCGGACUGAGGCCUUCAAUCUAAACUGGCUCCAUGAGCCGGAGUUCGUGGGCUCCUUCUCCAUCCCCGACACUCAUAGUCCUGACGACGACAAGGUCUACUUCUUCUUCAGGGAGACGGCGGUGGAGGCGGGUCAGUGGGACAAGAGGGUGUACAGCCGCGUGGCUCGAGUCUGCAAGAACGACGUAGGAGGUAAAAGGAGUCUGAUCAACCGCUGGACCACCUUCCUCAAAGCGAGACUGGUCUGUUCUGUGUCCGGCCCAUCAGGAGUCGAUACCCAGUUUGAUGAGCUGGAGGACAUCUUCGUUCUGGAGACCAAGGAUCCACAGAAUCCCACCAUCUACGGGGUCUUCAGUACGUCCAGCUCCAUAUUCCGUGGUUCGGCGGUGUGUGUAUACUCCAUGGCGUCUAUAAGAGCGGCGUUCAACGGGCCGUUUGCUCAUAAAGAAGGUCCAGACUAUCGCUGGGUGGAGUACAAGGGCCGCAUCCCCUAUCCCAGACCUGGAACUUGUCCCAGUGAGACCUACGACGCCCUUCACAAGUCUACGAAGGACUUCCCCGACGAGGUGGUGAGCUUCAUGAGGCAGCACCAGCUGAUGUUUGAGCCCGUCAUACCUCUGAGCGGCAGACCCAUCCUGACCCACGUCAACUCGACCUACAUGCUGAAGAAGGUCGUAGUGGACCGAGUGGACGCCGAGGACGGACCAUAUGACGUCCUACACCUGGGCACAGGUGAGGG